UAGUUAAAUCUUAAAUUGUUAUAUCUCAGUGUAGUUUGGAGAGUGCUCUACAACGAGUUUCAGUGUAACGUUUCUUGAAAGUUAUCUUCGUAGAAAAGUGUGUUACUAUUGAAUUUUGAUAAAGUAUAGUGUUGCGAUUUUUUUAACGAUAGCUGUUGGAAUACCUACUAUUAUUAAUAAUGUCACUGCCCAAGGAUAAUAAAAUCUUAGCAGCUAUUAAACCACUGCAACAGACAAAGAGAAAAGCUGUUGCAGACAACUCUAGCAGGAGCAAAAGUAUGAAAGCUGAUCCUGAAACAGAGAAAAUUCAGCAAGCUCCCAGGUGCCGAUUCUUUCCUAAGUGCCGCAUGGGACAAAAGUGCCACUUUCAGCAUCCAACCUGUAAGUAUAAUGCCGCAUGCAGGAAUCCGAAAUGCAUCUACCGACACAUUGGCCCAAGAAAAAUAGAACUCUUUGAUAACAAGGAAAACGUGCGACCCAACAGUUUCCAAUUGCUGCUUGAAAAAUUGGAAAAGCAGAAGCCAAAUCCAUACAAAUGGGUAAAACCUAAAGAUGAUGCCGUUAAGAACGAUGUACCAUAGACGCAGAGAGUUGAAGGAAGAGUAGGAAUUUUAUUGAUUGCGGUUCGAUUAUCAUAGGAUAUACCAAAUCCAUCUGCGCAUAAUGAAGGUAAGAAUGAGGAAACGCGAUGUCUGUAAUGGACAUGGAAUGUAAUAUAAUAAGGAAUAUUAUAUGAGUAAUGUUAUGUGAAAUAUUCAAGAUGAUAGCUGUUUUCUAUAGUAAGUUAGAUUUUUUUCAAAAUUUCAAUAAAUUUUUUAAAUUUUA